CUUCCCGGUCGCAGGCCCAGUUCGGUAGCGCCGGCGCACUGGCGCGCUCCGUUUACACGCUCCGGGGCCUGGAGACGCCGCGAGUUCCGGCCGUCGCCGUCAACGCCGUGGCUCUUGGAGGUCGGUUGCGACGAGUAACGGCGCCAGGACGGGCCUUGCGCCUCCUUUUCCGAUAUGUACCCGAAUUGGGGCCGGUAUGGCGGCAGCAGCCACUACCUGCCGCCGCCGGUCCCGCCGCCGCCUCCGGUGGCGCUUCCUGAGGCCUCGCCGGGGCCCGGUUACUCGAGCUCGACGACUUCUGCGGCCCCUUCCUCUUCGGGCUUCAUGAGCUUCCGCGAGCAGCACCUGGCGCAGCUCCAGCAGCUGCAGCAGAUGCAUCAGAAGCAAAUGCAGUGCGUGCUCCAGCCCCACCACCUUCCUCCGCCCCCGCUGCCGCCCCCGCCGGGGAUGCCCGGGGGUGGCUAUGGAGACUGGCAGCCGCCACCGCCACCGAUGCCCCCGCCACCCGGUCCGGCCCUCAGCUAUCAGAAGCAGCAGCAGUACAAACACCAGAUGCUCCACCACCAACGAGACGGGCCUCCUGGUUUGGUUCCGAUGGAGCUGGACUCUCCCCCUGAAUCUCCCCCUGUACCUCCCGGGUCCUAUAUGCCCCCGUCUCAAUCUUACAUGCCCCCGCCUCACCCACCACCCUCCUUCUACCCUCCGUCCUCGUCUCAGCCCUACCUUCCUCCUGCUCAGCCGUCUCCUUCGCAGUCCCCACCUUCCCAAUCCUACCUAGGGCCUACCCCUUCUUAUUCUUCCUCCUCCUCUUCCUCGCAAUCCUAUUUGAGCCAUUCCCAGUCCUACCUGCCGUCUUCUCAGGCAUCCCCUUCCCGCCCCUCCCAGGGCCAUUCGAAAGGCCUGCUCCCCCCACCACCACCGUCCACCCCCGCUGGAACUAGGACAGGUGGCCAACAAGAACCUUUGGAAAGUGGGGCCAAGAUCAAGAGUAGCGAGCAGCAGCAGCAAGCCGCCCCGGAGCCAGACCCCUCCACGAUGACUCCACAGGAACAGCAGCAGUAUUGGUAUCGACAGCACUUGCUCAGUUUGCAGCAGAGGACUAAGGUGCAUUUGCCAGGCCACAAAAAGGGUCCUGUGGUAGCAAAGGAUGCACCAGAGCCAGUGAAAGAAGAAGUCACAGUGCCUGGCACAAGUCAAGUUUCAGAACCGCCUGCAUCUGAGGAGCCCCCCUUACCUCCUCUGAAGGAAGAGGCUGCGCCCCCUCUCCCACCUGAGGAGCCCCAGUCUGAGGACCCAGAAGAAAAUGCCAGAUUAAAACAGUUGCAGGCUGCAGCAGCGCACUGGCAGCAGCACCAGCAACACCGGGUCGGCUUCCAGUAUCAGGGAAUCAUGCAGAAGCACACCCAGUUACAGCAGAUCCUGCAGCAGUACCAGCAGAUGAUACAGCAGCCGCCACAUAUGCAGACCAUGUCUGUGGAUGUGCAGCUGCGGCAUUACGAGAUGCAGCAGCAACAGUUUCAGCAUCUUUACCAGGAGUGGGAGAGAGAGUUCCAGCUGUGGGAGGAGCAGCUCCGUGCCUAUCCUCACAAAGACCAGCUUCAGGAGUAUGAGAAGCAGUGGAAAACGUGGCAGGGGCACAUGAAGGCCGCCCAGAGCUAUCUCCAGGAGAGAGUCACCACAUUUCAGAACGUGAAGAACCAGUUUAUGGGGAACAUGUCAAUGCCACCUCCUUUUGGGCCAUAUUCUCAGAUGCCUCCACCUCUACCAGCAAUACCCCCUCCAGUGUUGCCUCCAUCAUUGCCACCGCCAGUGAUGCCCCCCGCCCUACCUACAACUGUGCCACCACCUGGCAUGCCCCCACCAGUGAUGCCUCCUUCUCUACCAACCUCUGUCCCCCCACCAGGGCUACCUCCAUCUCUCUCUUCAGCAGGGCCGCCUCCAGUUCUCCCCCCUCCUUCCCUCUCUUCUACAGGGCCACCGCCAGUUCUCCCCCCACCGUCACUCUCUUCCUCGGCACCACCACCUGUUAUACCCCUCCCACCGCUGUCUUCAGCUACACCUCCUCCAGGAAUACCGCCUCCUGGAGUUCCACAAGGGAUGCCUCCACCACUAGCAACAGUCCCAAUUCCUCCAGCCUCUGGGUCUCAGAGCUCACAGCAUCCAGAGAAGCCUAGACCAGCACUACUUCCCACUCCUGUGUCUUUUGGUUCAGCCCCACCCUCCAUUUACCAUCCUCCAUUGCAGUCCUCUAUUGGUCCGUCGGAUCAAAUGAAUUCUAAAGGUCCUCUGAGCAAGUCUACUCUACCAUAUGGUUCAUUCUCAUCUGAGCAAGGACUUGGGGAGUCUUCAGCUGCUCCACCACAGCCAAUCAUUACAGCCAAGGACAUGCCAGGGAGGUCAGGUGGACUGCUUCCAGAUCCUCCUAGAAGCAGUUAUAUGGAAGGUCCAAGAGGCCCAAGAUUUGAUGGUCCUCGAAGAUUUGAGGAUUUAGGGUCAAGGUGUGAAGGACCGAGACCCAAAGGGCCUCGUUUUGAAGGAAAUCGCCCAGAUGGGCCAAGACCCAGAUAUGAAGGUCACCCAGCAGAGGGCACUAAAAGCAAAUGGGGAAUGAUUCCCCGGGGGCCAGCAUCUCAAUUUUAUAUUACCCCCAAUACAUCCCUAAGUCCUCGACAGAGUGGACCACAGUGGAAAGGCCCCAAACCAGCUUUUGGACAGCAACAGCAGCAGCAGCCUAAGUCACAAGCAGAGCCUCUUUCAGGAAGCAAAGAACCAUUAGCAGACACCAAUAGUAACCAUCAGAAGAAUUUUAAAAUGCAAUCAGCUGCAUUUCCCGUGGCUGCAGAUGUAAAGGAUGCCAAGGCGGCUCAGGCAGAUGAGAAUCUAAGCGACUCUCAACAAGAGCCACCUAAAAGCGAAGUCUCGGAAGGGCCCAUAGAGCCUUCUGACUGGGACCCGAAUUCUCAAAGUGUGGACACUCACAUGGACAAAGCCCAAGCUGUUACUCAGCCUGUAUCUCUUGCAAAUAAACCUGUACCUACUCAAUCUACUUUUCCCUCAAAAGCUGGGGGGAUGGAGGGAGGAGCAGCAGUAGCACCAUCAUCAUCAGUAACUACAGAUAGUGAUUUUAAACCUAUGGGCAUUGAUCUACCCCAUUCAGAAAACAGCCAAGAAAAAGGGUUGCCCCGGCUAGAUAGCAGAGAUAAUAGGUUAGAAGGCAAUCGAGGGAGCAGCUCAGCUUACAGAAGUCCAGGGCAAAGUAGGAUGGAAGAUACACGAGACAAAGGACUAGUAAACAGAGGGCGUGGCCAGCCAAUUAAUCGAGGUCCAGGGUUGGUCAAACCAGAAGAUUUUCGUGAUAAGAUGAUGGGCAGGAGAGAAGACAGUCAGAAGAUGAACAGAGGAGAAGGCAACCGGGAGAGGGGUUUGAUGAGACCAGGAAGCAGUCGGGAGAAAAUGCCAGGUGGUCUGCAAGGCAGCCAGGAAAGGGGUAGAGCAGGUAGCCGGGAAAGGGGGCUACCUCGGAGGGCCGGAAGUCUGGAGAGAGGUCUCCCUCGAAGGGCUGGGAGUAGGGAGAGAGUACCACCUCGCAGAGCUGGGAGCAGGGAAAGGGGACCUCCUCGAGGGCCUGGCAGUCGGGAAAGGGGCCUGGGAAGACCAGAUUUUGGUCGUGAGAGAGGCCCGUUUAGACCAGAACCAGGAGAUGGUGGGGAAAAAAUGUAUCCAUACCACCGAGAUGAGCCUCCUAGGGCUCCAUGGAACCACGGGGAAGAGAGAGGGCAUGAAGAGUUCCCAUUAGAUGGUAGAAAUGCUCCAGUAGACCGAGAGAGACUUGACGAUUGGGACAGAGAAAGGUACUGGAGAGAGUGUGAGCAUGACUAUCAAGAUGAUACACUAGAUCCCUAUAACAGAGAGGACAGGUUCUCAGGGCCCCCAUCUCGAUCUCAUGACGGAGAUAGGCGAGGCCCUUGGUGGGAUGAUUGGGAAAGAGACCAGGAUAUGGACGAGGAGUACAAUAGGGAAAUGGACAGGGACCUGGAUAGGGAUGUGGAUCGAAUCGGAAGACCCAUGGAGCUAUAUGAUAGAAAUCUGGAUAAUGAGUGGGACAGAGAUUAUGGGAGACCACUGGAUGAACAAGAAUCACAGUUUCAUGAACGUGAUAUUCCGUCUCUUCCGCCUUUACCACCCCUCCCACCUCUUCCAUCUCUGGAUAGAUAUCGGGAUGAUAGAUGGAGAGAAGAAAGAAAUCGAGACCAUGGGUAUGAUCGAGAUUUCCGUGAUAGGGGUGAGUUGAGAAUCCGAGAGUAUCCAGAAAGAGGAGAUACAUGGCGGGAAAAGCGAGAUUAUGUUCCUGACAGAAUGGACUGGGAAAGAGAACGGUUGUCAGACAGAUGGUACCCAUCUGAUGUGGAGAGACAUUCCCCCAUGGCGGAGCAUGUGACCUCCUCACAUCACUCCUCUGAAAUGAUGGGGUCCGAUGCAAACUUAGACUCUGAUCAAGGCCUUGGAGGGGUGAUGGUUCUCAGUCAGAGGCAGCACGAAAUCAUUUUGAAAGCUGCACAAGAACUGAAAAUGCUUCGGGAACAGAAAGAACAGCUUCAAAAAAUGAAGGACUUUGGGUGUGAGCCACAGAUGGCUGACCACCCACCGCCGCAGGACUCAAGAUUACAGAAUGCGUCAAGACCCACCAUGUACCCGCCUCCAGGAUCCUAUAGGCCACCCCCUCCCAUGGGCAAACCACCAGGUCCAAUUGUCAGACCCCCUGCUCCACCAAGAUCGUCUGUUCCUCUGACCAGACCUCCUGUCCCAAUACCUCCUCCUCUGCCACCUCCGCCUCCGCCUCCACCUCCAGUGAUGAAACCACAGAGUGCAGCUGUGGAACAGGAACGCUGGGAUGAAGAUUCUUUCUAUGGGCUCUGGGAUACCAAUGAUGAACAAGGAUUAAAUUCAGAAUUUAAGGCAGAAACGACACCUAUUCCACCUGCUCCAGUGUUACCACCCCCACCUAUUCACCCUUCCAUGCCACCUCCUGGCCCGAUGCCUAUAGGUAUGCCACCAAUGUCCAAGCCUCCACCUGUGCAGCAGACUGUUGAUUAUGGCCAUGGUCGAGAUAUGUCCUCAAAUAAAGUUGAGCAGAUACCCUAUGGAGAAAGAAUAACUCUGCGCCCAGAUCCACUACCAGAAAGGUCAACCUUUGAGACAGAGCAUGCAGGCCAACGUGAUCGUUACGAUAGGGACAGGGACCGUGAGCCUUAUUUUGAUCGUCAAAGUAAUAUUAUAGCAGAUCAUCGGGAUUUUAAAAGAGAUCGAGAGACACAUAGAGAUCGAGAGCGGGAUCGUGGUGUUAUCGAGUAUGACCGUGAUCGCUUUGACAGAGAGCGCCGCCCCCGAGAUGACAGGACUCAGUCGUAUCGAGACAAAAAAGACCAUUCUUCCUCCAGAAGAGGGGGGUUUGAUAGGCCAUCCUAUGACCGGAAGUCUGACCGGCCAGCCUAUGAAGGCCCGUCCAUGUUUGGAGGAGAACGGAGGACUUACCCAGAGGAGCGGAUGCCUUUGCCUGCCCCUUCGCUAAGCCAUCAGCCGCCUCCAGCUCCUCGGGUUGAAAAGAAGCCUGAGUCAAAGAAUGUGGAUGACAUUCUGAAGCCACCAGGCCGAGAAAGCCGACCAGAAAGAAUUGUUGUUAUAAUGAGAGGAUUGCCUGGCAGCGGGAAGACUCAUGUUGCAAAGCUUAUUCGAGAUAAGGAGGUAGAAUUUGGAGGACCAGCACCCAGAGUUCUAAGCUUGGAUGACUACUUCAUCACUGAAGUGGAAAAAGAAGAAAAGGAUCCAGAUUCUGGAAAGAAAGUGAAAAAGAAGGUAAUGGAGUAUGAGUAUGAAGCGGAGAUGGAAGAGACCUACCGCACCAGCAUGUUCAAAACCUUCAAAAAGACUCUGGACGAUGGCUUUUUCCCCUUCAUCAUUCUGGAUGCCAUCAAUGACAGAGUACGACAUUUUGACCAGUUUUGGAGUGCAGCAAAAACUAAAGGAUUUGAGGUGUAUUUGGCUGAAAUGAGUGCAGAUAACCAGACUUGUGGCAAGAGAAAUAUUCAUGGAAGAAAACUUAAAGAAAUAAAUAAGAUGGCCGACCACUGGGAAGCUGCGCCUCGGCACAUGAUGCGCCUGGACAUUCGUUCUUUGCUGCAGGAUGCUGCUAUUGAAGAAGUGGAGAUGGAAGAUUUUGAUGCAAAUAUUGAAGAGCAGAAGGAAGAAAAGAAAGAUGCAGAAGAAGAGGAAAGCGAACUGGGUUACAUUCCGAAAAGCAAAUGGGAGAUGGACACAUCUGAGGCAAAGCUAGACAAGUUGGAUGGCUUGAGGACUGGCACUAAAAGGAAACGUGACUGGGAGGCGAUUGCCAGCAGAAUGGAGGAUUAUCUUCAACUGCCUGAUGACUAUGAUACUCGUGCUUCUGAGCCUGGGAAGAAGAGGGUGAGAUGGGCAGACCUGGAAGAAAAGAAGGAUGCAGAUAGGAAAAGGGCCAUAGGUUUUGUGGUCGGACAGACUGAUUGGGAGAAGAUCACAGAUGAAAGUGGUCACCUGGCUGAAAAAGCCCUCAAUCGAACCAAAUAUAUUUGAGACUUAGUGUUUGAACGGAGUCAUGGUUUCUCUGAGGUGGUUCGCUUUGAGGUGACCUGAAGCUGAGGCCUCACGGAGCUUCUUUGUGUGUCACCUUGCCUCCACGUUUCAGUUCUGUUUUGUUUCUACUGCUUUCAUUUUUUUAAAGUUCUUCAGUGCCCCCAAGAGUUUCUAGGAUCUUGCUAUACCCAAGCAAGACAUUAAUUUUUCUUUUUAACUAUUUUGGGGAGGGAGGGAGUGAUAGCUUAAGCACUGAAACCAAGUGGGAGUCCACUGGAGGAUUCCGACAGACAAUAUUUCCUCCACUGUACAGUGUCACAGACUAUCUCUACCAUCAUUGCUUUGUGACCGGUUUUGUUUUUUACUGUAUGUAACUGGUAGCUGAUUGUAAUAGAAUUAAAAACAAUAAACUUUCAUGAUAAAGCCAAUGAGAUUCAUGGGCUAUAUGGAGUGGGCCCAUUUCUCUUGUUUUCUUAGUUUCAUGUUUAUUACUGCUAUAAUAUGGUGUGUCUUAAUUACAUGCUAACUGAACAUCCUCAAAACUUCUUUCCCGUUGGAUAUUUCAAAGUGCUAUGAUUCGUUAGCACAUACUGUAUAACACAAGGUCCGAUGACAUUCAGAAACACUCGUCUUUGUUUUGUAGUUGAUUUCAUCUUUGUGUCUUGAAGUCUGACCGAGACCAAGUUAAAUAUUGUGGGCUCCCUACAGUGUGUCUGUUGAUUGAUGUGAUGUUUUAUCUUAAAUGUUUUUGGAGUCCAUUUGCUGUUAUUCCCUCUCUUCUUUCAGGUUUCUCCCUUUAUUUUUGUUAGGCUUUGAGUUUUCACCUGAUCUGAUGUUGAAUCCUGGUGGAAAGAACUACCAUACUUCAUGGAAAUCAACCUUAUUGCCUUAUUUUGAACUUUAAAAAUCAAGAUUGCAUGGAAGUAGAGUGGAGUUGCUGAGCCCUCUGGCGUGUAGCCUGUAAACCUGUCAGGUUUGUGGGUUCUUGCCAGAUUGCCGAUUCUUGGGGAGCAUGGCCUUCUGCCUUCAUGUGGCUAUAAUUCCACGCAGAGUGCAAAACACAGAGCUAAAGCCCAAAUGUUCCCGUUUCAUUACAUAAAGGGGCUCUUCCCCUUUUUCAUUCUGCAGAGAGGGAAAAAAAGUCGUCUUCUAACCUGAAAGAAGAUGGAGAAGAGCCUUCUUCCUUGAACACCGUUUCCAUUCUGUAAUUGAAUUCAGCAGGUGGUAAAUGUAUUCACUGAAGACUUCAAUAUUUUGAGUAUCUUUGUGCUACAGACAAAUUUUCUGUAGUGUCAUGGCCUACAGCAAAUAUUGUGUAAAUAGAGUUAAUAUUUACUAACACUUAGUAGUAUCACUUUGAGUUCAACAACCUGGUUUUAUAGUCCAGAAGGCUUAAUUUAAUCCAAAUCCUGACCAAUUCUAUGUGGUUCCCUGAAAUUUGAAUGUUUAACCAUAAGAGACUUUAAAUUCAUUAACAAGUCAAUGUUGAAUGUGUAAUUUGCUGCAUAAAGUAAUUUCCACUGUUUGUACUAUUUAAUAAGCAGUUGAUUGCUUAUUGGCCUGCAAUACGUUUCUACACAUUGAUCUUUCUCAGCUGCCUUUAUUUCGUUGGCUAAGGAUGUAUCACAAGGUAGCCAGAUAGAAUUGUUAUUAUAUGAAGACUCAUUUGCAGCUUACUAAAGCUACCUGAUAUCUGUUGUGAUCAAAAGCAAAACUUUCAAACUGUGUUCUCUGGUUCAGAAGAAAUGGGAACUUGUGUGUUCUUCUAGGCUGAGGAUGGUUGCCCUCUCUGUUCUGAAAGUAUUCAGAAUGCCUGCAGGAUAAGCAGUGGUAAUCAUUUCAGAAUCAUGAUUUUGCCUUGCAGCUGUAGGUUUAUGUCUGUACUCACAUCAGGAGGUGU